GCUCCAUGACGGUAAGAACAGGCUCAAGAAACAGUAAACCCCAAGCAAGCCUGACAAGAGUCCCCCUCGUCUUCCCCUUCCAGCUUCUCUCCCACCGCGCACGGUGCGGCACCUUGAAGCGUAUGCACUGCUAAUGCUGGCUCGCGGAGCCCCCGCCUGCUGCACAGAGGGACUAAGGAGCCGGGGUGAGGGAAAAUCUGGAGGAAUCCUCUUCCAUGCAAUCCCAUCACGUCAUUUUGUUGGAAGGCAAACACGUGGUGCAGGGAGACCUUAUAAAUCUCCCUCUCCAUGCAAGAUCGUGAUGUUAUCUGCUGGCAAAGUUUCCCUCUUCGCAAGGAAAGCAACGGGGCUCAGCGAGGGAGGGAGGCAGGCAGGCAGGAGGAAAGAGAGAGAGAGAGAGAGAGAGACACUAACGGGGCUGCAGAUAAAGUACAGCAGAAGCUGCGCGUUUCGGGCCGGGGGAAGCCCUGCGGAUCGGGCCUUGCGUGGCAAGCACUGAAAUCAAGCAAGAGGGAGAAAGCGGCAAAGCACCUUUUCAACGCCCCGGCUCGCGACCCACAGGAGGCUGCAGCAGCAGGAGCAACAGCGCCGGCUUGUUGACUGUGGCUUGGGUUGGCUUUUUUUGGAGGAAGAGGAGGGCGCCGGGGAAGCUGCACCGCAAGAGAGGGGGGCUGCUCGGUGCAUGCAGCCCGGGGCGCCGGCGGCAGGAUCAGCACCGGAGCGAAGAGCAGAGCUCACCCAGCCCCGGGGAGUCCCGGGCUCUCCCCUCGUGCACACACGCGCACGUGGGCGCCCUCUCGCCGGCGGGGCGGCUCGCUCUGCUCGCAGUUGCAGCUCCGCAGCGCGGGGCCAGCAGCUCAGCGCGCGCCGCCAGCCCGCCCUUGACAUCGCCCCUCUCCCGUCCCGUCCCGUCCCGUCCGGUCCCGUGCGUGGCGCUGGAGGAGCCCAGAGCAGAAGCCCGGAGCUGAGCGCCCGGCUGCCACCCGCUGGCCCUCCGGCUUCAGGCGCGCUGCUCACUGGCCAGCCCCGCCACACCGGCUCGCUAGGGAAACUCCUCUGGUGCCCGACGCCGCGGUAGGGGCUGGUUGAAAUACUCCCUGAGUUUGUUCCGUUUGGAGGCUGAUGCAGAGGUAGCUUUCUUUGCAACUCGCCUGUGUAACUCGGGGGCGUUUUUCAUUUGCACGCCCGUUGCCUUUUCCUGGCAGCCCGGUUGCAUUUCCAGCCUCAGCCGCUUCCCCUCCUUUGCACCCCCUCCAUCUCCUUCUUUUUCAAGUCACUUUUUUUGGGACGCUGGGUUUAAACCCGAAAAUGCACUGCUAUCUCCUGAGCGUGGUGCUCACCCUGGAUCUGGCCGCGGUGGCGCUCAGCCUGUCUACCUGCAGCACCCUAGACAUGGAUCAGUUUAUGCGCAAGAGGAUCGAGGCGAUCCGAGGACAGAUCCUGAGCAAGCUGAAGCUCACCAGCCCUCCCGAAGAGUACCCCGAGCCCGAGGAGGUACCCCCGGAGGUCAUCUCCAUCUACAACAGCACCAGGGACCUGCUGCAGGAGAAAGCCAACCACAGAGCCGCCACUUGCGAAAGGGAGAGGAGCGAUGAGGAGUAUUAUGCCAAAGAGGUUUACAAAAUAGACAUGCUGCCUUUUUACCCUGAAAAUGCCAUCCCACCAAACUAUUACAGCCUUUACUACAGAAUCGUAAGAUUUGAUGUCUCAGCGAUGGAGAAAAAUGCUUCCAACUUGGUGAAGGCAGAGUUUAGAGUUUUUCGUUUGCAGAAUUCAAAGGCACGGGUAUCUGAACAACGAAUAGAACUGUAUCAGGUUGUUAAAUCCAAAGAACUACCUUCGCCAGGACAGCGCUACAUUGAUAGCAAGGUAGUUAAAACACGAGCUGAAGGGGAAUGGCUGUCUUUUGAUGUCACUGAAGCUGUACGUGAAUGGCUCCAUCAUAAAGAGAGGAACUUUGGAUUUAAGAUAAGUUUACAUUGUCCAUGCUGCACCUUCGUGCCUUCAAAUAAUUAUAUCAUCCCAAAUAAAAGUGAAGAGCUAGAAGCAAGAUUUGCAGGUAUUGAUGACUCCUACAUAUAUUCCAGUGGUGAUGGGAAAACUUUCAGGUCCAGUAGGAAAAAAUACAGUGGGAAGACCCCACAUCUUCUGCUAAUGUUAUUACCCUCCUACAGACUUGAGUCGCAACAGCCCAGUCGGCGGAAGAAGCGUGCUUUAGAUGCUGCCUAUUGUUUUAGAAAUGUGCAGGAUAAUUGCUGCCUGCGUCAACUUUAUAUUGACUUCAAGAGGGAUCUUGGCUGGAAAUGGAUUCAUGAACCUAAAGGGUAUAAUGCUAAUUUUUGUGCAGGAGCCUGCCCGUAUUUAUGGAGCUCAGAUACUCAGCACAGCAGAGUACUCAGUUUGUAUAACACCAUAAAUCCAGAAGCGUCUGCCUCUCCAUGCUGCGUGUCCCAGGAUUUAGAACCCCUCACCAUCCUGUACUACAUUGGCAAAACGCCCAAAAUUGAACAACUUUCCAACAUGGUCGUAAAAUCUUGCAAAUGCAGCUAAAAGAAAUCCCUGAAACAGCAAGAAACAAAUACGUAAAAAUAACCAAGGAAGAAAGAAAAAGAGAUUAAGAAAGAAAAAAAAAC